UUCCAUAUUCUUUUCUCCUUUGCAUAAUACCCCAUUUUCUCAUUAAAAGAUAUAAUCUUUUUUUUUUUAAUUUUCCAGGAAAAUUUCCGUACCCCAUUCUUCACUUCAUUUCCCGGAUAAGUCUUUCUCUAUCUUUCGCCUUGAAAUUUUAUUCUUUUUUUUUCUUUUUCUUUUGAAUAAAGGUCUUCUUCUUUUUUUUUUUGCUGAAGUUGAGGGAUUUAGAGAUUGUUUUGUUUCUCUCUGAAUUGGGAUUUGUUAAUUCUUUGUUUUAAAGUGUGACAAUUCCUGAUUUGGAGGGGAUAAAAGAUAAUAUUUUUUCUUUUAUUUUUAGUAUUUUCAUUUUUGGGUGAUUCAUAUUUUGCAUUGUGGUAAGGGAAAAUUCCCAUUUUACCUUAGAGUUAGAAUUUUAAGUUUUUGGAGUUUUUUUUGUGGAUUGAAACCCUAAUUUUAAGGUUUUGUUUGGAAAUAAUUUCUGGGUUUUUAUUGUUUUAGGUGCCUAAGACCUUUAAAUCUUUCUUUAUAGUUGUUUGUCAAUUACUUGGUUUUUGGGUUAGAGAUUUCAGGGUAAUUGGAUUUAGGAUAUAGGGUUUAUAUAUAUCCAUAUAUAGAAAUUGUUUGGAUUUGCAAUGGGGAAGCAUAGUGUAAAGAACAAGAAGCAAACAGGAAAAGCAGUUCAUAGUAAUGUUACUAGUCCUAAACGGAAUGAUUCAGACUUGGCGGUCUUCGUAUCGAUGUCUCGAGAAUUGAAGGAAGAAGGGAACAAACUGUUUCAGAGGAGGGAUCAUGAAGGGGCAAUGGUGAAAUACGAAAAGGCGCUGGAAUUGCUUCCGAAGAAUCACAUGGAUGUAUGCCAUCUAAGGAGCAAUAUGGCUGCCUGUUAUAUGCAGAUGGGAUCGAGUGAGUACCCUAGGGCGAUUCGUGAAUGUAAUUUGGCUUUAGAGGUAACACCGAAUUAUAGUAAAGCGUUACUAAAGAGGGCAAGGUGUUACGAGGCUUUGAAUCGGUUGGAAUUAGCGUUUAGAGAUGUUAAUACGGUUUUGAACAUGGAACCAAAUAAUGUUAUGGCGUUGGAGAUUUCAGAAAGAGUACAAAGUACACUUGAGAAAAGAGGGUUACAGGUGAAUCAUACCGUGAUUGAAUUGCCUCCGGAAUACGUUGAACAUCCUAGUGCUUCAAAAGUUGUUAAAGAGAAAACCAAGAAGAAGAACAAGAAGAUUGAUAAAGCUCGUGUGGGCCAAAUUCAGGAGAAGAAGGUUGAUGAAAAUAUGAAUGAAAAGAAGGCCGAGGAUAAACGGGUCGUGGGGGAGAUAAUCAGUAGUAAAAUGGAAGAAGAAUCAAAGAAGAAUGUGAAGUUGAUUUUCGGUGAAGAUAUAAGAUGCACUCGGUUGCCACUUAAUUGCAGCCUUGUGCAACUAAGGGAAAUUAUUCAUGAUCGAUUUCCUAGCUCGAGAGCAGUUCUUGUCAAAUACAGAGACGAAGAAGGCGAUUUAGUUACAAUCACGAGUGAUGAAGAACUGAGAUUGGCUGAAAUAUCAGCAGUAUCACGGGGUUCCAUGAGGCUGUAUGUUGUAGAAGUAAAUUCCGACCAGGAUCCAUUCUUUGAAAGAUUCAAGCAUGAGGAAGUUCACAAUCUUGAGAAUGGGGAAGCUGGAAAGGCUAUGGAAGCAAGACAAGAUUCAUGUUGCAUCGAUGACUGGAUAAUCGAGUUUGCCCGACUGUUCAAGAACCAUGUUGGUUUUGAUUCAGAUGCAUACUUGAAUCUUCAUGAACUUGGUAUGAAGCCAUAUUCCGAGGCCAUGGAGGAUACAGUUACAAGCGAAGAGGCUCAGCAUCAUUUCGGCAGCGCAGCUGAGAAAUUCCGAGAGAUGACUGCAUUAGCAUUGUUCAACUGGGGAAAUGUUCAUAUGUCCCGGGUGAAGAAGAGGGUGUACUUCAUGAACAAUGGCUCGAGAGAAUCUGUACUCAAGCAGAUCAAAACUACCUAUGAUUGGGCGCAAUUAGAAUAUACCAAAGCAAGUAAGAGUUACGAGGAAGCACUGAGGAUCAAACCUGAUUUUUACGAAGCUCUUCUAGCUCUUGGGCAACAACAGUUUGAACAGGCAAAGCUUUCUUGGUAUUAUGCAAUUAGCAACAAUGUUAAUCUUGAAACUUGGCCUUCCAAGAAAGUCCUGCAACUUUAUAACAAUGCUGAGGAAAACAUGGAAAAGGGCAUGCUGAUGUGGGAGGAAUUACAAGUGCAAGGCCUACGUGAGCUUUCCAAACCGAAUGAGGAACAAAAUCAAAUAAUGGGAUUGGAUGGUUUAUUCAAAGAUAUAUCAGCAGACGAGGUUGCAGAGCAGGCUUUCACAAUGAGUGCUCAGAUAAACGUUUUAUGGGGUGCCAUUCUUUACGAACGCUCGAUCAUGGAAUUCAAACUAGGGUUACCUCUUUGGCAAGAAUGUUUGGAAGUGGCUGUUGAGAAAUUUGAACUUGCUGGAGCUUCACCUAUGGAUAUAGCCGUUAUGGUAAAGAACCAUUGCUCAAAUAACAACGCACCGGAAGGUUUAGGGUUUACAAUUGAUGAGAUAAUGCAGGCAUGGAAUGAGACUUACGAAGCCAACAAGUGGCAGAGCAGAAUUCCUUCAUUCCGACUAGAACCAUUAGUUCAACAGCGAGUUUCGAAAAAUUAUCAUGCAUGAGUUGCUUGCUGUUUCGAAGUGAGAUUUAUAGUCCCAAGGUCUUUUAGGUUUUUCUUUUGAUUUUUCGUUCGGAUUGAGCAUCAGCCUUAAACUUUCAGAUUCAGAUAGACUGUCGUAGACUCGUAGUUAUUGAAGCAUUUGAUUGAUUCCUUUUGUGAAGAAAUAGGUUCGAAAUUAUAUCCAUAGAUGUUCAUGUCAGGAUUGGGGAUGACAUGAAGCAGCCGCAGUGAUUUCAUAUUUGAUGGUAGGUUUCUGCAUUUGCCUUCAUCAGCUUCAACCCUCAAAGAAGCAGAAUAUAUAUACAUACAUACAUAUACACAGUGAAUCCAUUCUUUAGUUGUAAUGAUUUAUACAUUGAUGUUUGCUUAUUUAAUUGAUUGAUUUGUUAUUUA